CAUUGAGCUGUUCAUCCAACAGAAGGCUACAGAACAGAUCAGGGAGAGGAGGAAAGAGAGAUCUCGAGCACAUUCAGCACAAGAGGCGGGAGAUUAAGUGUUUCCACGAGAGCCAAAGCGCAAACAAGGGCACCACGCGCUGCACUUUCAAACAGACCAGCGCUACUCACUAGCUGCUCUCCCUCCGCCGUCCGCUCCGCUAUCAGACCCACGGGACUUCACUGGUUCAUCCCUUACCGGACAGGCUCAGCUCAUCGUACCGGGAGACCGGGCGAACCCAGGAGUAGGGGGACACUGAGCCGGAGGUGGAAGGGGGACAUGCUCGCUCAGCAACCCAGCAGAGUUUCUCCGAGGUGGGCCAAGCUGUGACAGAGGGCCUCUCUCUGGUGGGUCAACCCGCAACCCUGAACGCUCCAGCAGGCCUCACUCCCAGUCCUAACUACUGUGUGUGCCAGGGCCAGGCCACCUCCAGCCCAGGCCAGACCACGUCUACCCCAGGCCAGCCCAGAGUGGGUCAUCCCCAGCCCAACCCACCUCUUCCCCAGCCCAGUAGCGGUCCAGGCCCAGGCUCCAGAAGCAUGGCCUUCACCCUGUCAGAGAUCAUGGCUGCUCGGCGGCAGCAGCAGUCCCAGGCCCAGCGGGCGGCAGGUAGGGCGGCUGUGGAGGUGGAUGAAUACAGCACCAACCCCACCCAGGCCUUCACCUUCUACAACAUCAACCAGGGACGCUUCCAGCCCCCGCACGUGCACAUGGUGGACCCCCUGCCCCACGACACUCCUAAGCCGCCAGGUUACACCCGUUUUGUGUGUAUCUCAGACACCCACUCCCGUACGGACGCCAUCCAGAUGCCCUAUGGAGACGUGUUCAUCCACGCUGGAGACUUCACAGAGCUGGGCCUGCCCUCUGAGGUCAAGAAGUUCAACGAUUGGCUAGGAACCUUGCCCUACGACAUAAAGAUAGUGAUUGCGGGAAACCAUGAGUUGACCUUUGACCAGGAGUUCAUGGCUGACCUGAUCAAGCAGGACUUCUACUACUUCCCAUCGGCCUCCAAACUGAAGCCAGAGAACUACGAGAACGUCCAGUCCCUGCUCACCAACUGUAUCUACCUGCAGGACUCAGAGGUCACCGUACGCGGCUUCCGCAUCUACGGCUCCCCCUGGCAGCCAUGGUAUUAUGGCUGGGGGUUCAACCUGCCAAGAGGUCAGGCUCUGCUGGACAAGUGGAACCAGAUCCCCGACUCCACCGACAUACUGGUCACACACUGCCCCCCACUGGGGUUCCUGGACUGGGUUCCUAAGAAGAUGCAGCGCGUGGGCUGUAUGGAGCUACUCAACACUGUCCAGAGGAGAGUACAGCCCAAACUACAUGUGUUCGGACACAUCCACGAAGGUUAUGGUAUGAUGACUGACGGCACCACCACGUUCGUCAACGCCUCGGCCUGCACCGUCAACUUCCAGCCCAUGAACCCGCCCAUCGUCUUCGACCUGCCCAAUCCCACCAGGACCACAUGACUAGAGAAGCCCCGCCCUGCUGAGCCCCCCUCCAAUCAGGAGCCUAGUGGUGCGAAGGCAGGUAGGUGAGGGUGGUGGGCAGGUGUGGUGGAGUAGUGUAGAUAUUCAAGGCUCUAAUAGAUGCUGUGUGUGUGUGUGUGUGUAGCACAACAUUCACACACGCCCAAGUCUCUUACGGACAAUGUGUAUGUCUAGAGAGACAGGCGCUGUUGCCAAUCCUCACUUGGCAAAUCCAUUGAUGUUCUUUUAUGUACUGUCUUUAUUUCAACAAAAGCUCUUACAAACUGGAAAGUAAGGCAAAAGACAGACCCCAGAUGUCAGCAUUAGUCUGUAAAUCUUCUGUUGCACUUCUACUGCACUGACAAUCUGAUCUGGCUCUCAGAUAGAGAAGAGGACAGGGGGAACUUUGUCUGCUGUGUCAUUGUUUGGACUCACAGUCUUUCUCUCAGAAGAAGACACUGGAUAACUCUCAUUCUCUCUUGCUUCCUCAUAGAGGACUCUGUUAAGCCACCAGUGGAAGUUGCUCAGUGGCGGCGUUUUGACAUUGUGACAGUGUGGUCCACACUUCAUUUGAGACCUUCCCUGAGGAGUGAUGGAACAUUUACCAGUAGGGUUUUAAAACAUGACCCAAAUCUCUAAUUUUGGACUUUGUGGAGCUGUUUGCCAGCACAGAGAGGACACCCCCUGCCAGUACUCUAAUAUCACAGUUUCUGCACUGCAGAUUAAAACACUGGUUUCCCCUCAUCCCUUUUUCUUUUGAUCCCUCUUUUCCUCUGCCCCUCUAGUCUCUCUCUCUCUCUCUCUCUCUCAGGCCUUGGGCAUGGUGGUUUGUGUGUGUAUGUGUGUGUGAGGGCAGCGGGAGGUCUCAGCCACGGGCUGUGUGUGAGUAUAAGUGUCAAACGUGUUGACACCACUCCCCUGGGUCUCAUUUCAACUCUCAGUAAGCCUCUUAACCAGGGGAUCGCUUCUCUUCAUCUCUUCCCUUCUUCUCUUUUUUCCCCCUCUCUCCUUCUUCCCUCCUCCAUCCCUCGUUGCAUGUGUAAUCAGCUCACCCACUCCUCCCUGGCUCGUGUGCCGUGAUCCUGGCAAGUUUAUUCUGAGGUCACUGGCCGGGAAGUCUGCAAGAUUUUGAUUCCGAGUACGGAAUACUGGGAAUUCAUAAUACCCAACAAAGCGGAUUGGGAAAUGUGUUCGCUCCUGACCCUGUACAGGAGCAGCGGUGUCUGGAAUGUUCUCACUGCUCUAUGGUGCCCUUUCUGGGAGAGAUGUAUCAUGGGAAUGAACUUUGAACUCUUAGUGGACCAAUGGAUGAAGAUGAGCUGUAGGCCUAAAUGUACCAUAACUGGUCAAGAAGUUGGAACUGUAAAUCUACGUCACCUGUCAUUGUAAAAAAAAUAAUUGCAAUCAAGGUUUACUUAAAAUGUUGCCAUGCAUUUAAAAGUUGUUAAAUAUUUGUGUGUUGUUAAAAAAGAGGCAGUGCAGAAACAAUGUUUUAAUUUGAAGUUAUUAUAUAGGCUAGUAAAUGCUUAUUACUGUAUAAUAUUAUCUGCACUAUGUUACACUCUAAAAAAUGCUGGGUUGUUUUGGUUGACCCAACUGCUGAGUUGCAGGUAUUGGGUCACUUAGUUGGGUUAUUAUCUUUAAAAACUGCAGGGUUAUUAAUGCUGGGUUAUUGGUGCUGGGUUAUUGAGAUAUGACCCAGCAGGUCAGAUCAGAAGACUGGAGGUGUAGUUUAGUAGGGGCGUGGCUUUCAGAUAGUUAUUUUUAACCACCCAUGAGAGUAAAUGUCAUUCCUGUUCAUCUGUUCUGUUGCAUAGUUAUCACAUAUUAAGGUAGAAUAUUUACAUUUUGUAGCUUAAUAAAAUUUUUAUUUGCAGUAUGUACAUUUAAGAUGAUGAACAGGAAUGACAUUUACUCUCACGGAUGGCCAAUAAGAUCUAUCUGAAAGCCACGCCCCUAAUAAACCAUGCCUCCUGAAAAUAACCUAAGGAUUACGUUAAAAAAGACCAAGCUGCUAGGUCAACCCAGCAUGAGAGUAAAAAAACAACAACUGAUGGUUAAAUUAACCCAUGUUUGGGUAAUCCCAACAAUCCAACAUGUUGGGUUAUUCAUGCAACCCAACUGGCUGGGUCAAAGUAACCCAACAUGUGUUCUGUCCACUAUUUAACCAGCGCUAAAUUGGGAAGUUUUUAGCCCAUAAUGUUUUAGAGUGUACGGGGUUACGCACACCCCGUGUAGCUAUUAUUAACUCUUUCAUGUUGUCAAGCAGUUGUCUGCGUAAAAAGGGUUCAUUUUUUAUUUCUAAAGCACUUGUGAAUGAGCAUCCCUCCUCUGCUCCUCUGGAAGCCAAAGUCUUUGGUUGGCUGGCUGAGCUCAAAGUGUGGUUAGCAUAACAAGACUACAUCCCUCUUUGAUCUCUCUGCUCUCAGACAUUAUAUAUUAACAUCCCCUCUAACUCCGUUUUAUUCCCAGGGUCACUGGUGUUUCACUGCUGUUCUGCACAUUGUGCUAGCUGGGCUAUGUCUUCAUGGAGCAGAUUAGUGGCCUGUUGUAGGAAUACAGAGACUAGGAUAGAAUGUUUACAGAUAAGUGCGUAUGAAUAUUGUAUGUGGAUGUGUGUAUACCUGUGUGCGAUUGUGUGUGUGUGUGUGUGUGUGUGUGUGUGUGUGUGUGUGUGUGUGUGUGUGUGUGUGUGUGUGUGUGUGUGUGUGUGUGUGUGUGUGUGUGUGUGUGUGUGUGUGGGUAGAGCCAGGGGGUAAGCAUUCUGAGAACAUGCUUAAGAGAGGGGGGGAAUAUUGACUGAUGAAGACCAAAAUAGGAAAAGUCAGUGACUGUAUCAUCUUACUUUCUUUUAAAGAUUUCUGCAGGGGAAAAUGUCUGUUUGUUUUUGGGCAGUUCUUACUAUUCUCUUUCAACCCUAACUUUGAAAUGUCUCACUUUUUAUGCACUGUGCCUCAAUAGCUGUAUUCUGUAUUUCCUGUUUUCUUUGAAAACUCUAAAGUUUUGCUGUUGUAUUUCUAGUUCGUUCCUUGGGGCAUGCUGUUCUGAAUCUAAUAACUUUUGAUGACAAUCUGCUUGUAUUGUAUAUCAUUGUUAGGCAUAUACUAACUAUUGGGAUUCAUUUUUUGCUUUAAUGAUGUCCAAUAUUUUUUUUAUGUGGAAAAAAAUACAUCCAACCAUUUUAGAAUGGUAUUGUAUAAUGUGUUGCCCCUGGAGACAACUCUGUAAAUGUAAAAUACCUUUCUUAAAACUACCUGCUUCUGGUUUUCUGAGAGAUUAUCUACACAAAUUUAAUUAAACCUUAUCUGUGA